AUGGUCCAGGCCCCUCACGCAGCACCGGAUUCAAUGCGUCCUCAUUCAGCAAGUAGACACAUACUAGAGCCACCAGACGCUCUGGGACCAGCGCCUUAUGACCCAGUCGCUGGCUUUGUUAUAUUUUAUGACUAUCUGCUGGGGUUAGAGCCAACAUUGCAGAAGCUACGUGUUGUCAGCGGUCUGUACAGUAACGGGCACAGGAUGGGACAGGCUACCUCUCUGCCUGAUGUCCUGUGCGAGAUGUGGCAUUCAUCUAACCACUUAACAAAUGCACCAAGAGGAAAUGUUGCAAUGCUUUCUACAAAGCAGCCAAUCCCCAGGGUUCGGCCAGGAUCCACCAUAGCUUUAGUUAUGGAGCUACAGGCAUCAGGAGGAUUCAACUCUUACGGUCAGGAGGUUCAGCGCUUAUUGUCUUGUGGUUGGACAAAACUGGACUUGUUUGACCAACAUAACCAGGUGCUGAGUGGUCGGUGGAAGCUGCCAGUAAGAGCUCUCCCAUUACGGCCGGGUUUGAGCAUUGGACAGCUGAACACAAUUCCUCAGGUUGGGAAAGCAGAGCUGUUUAUACGUGUUGUGAAUGCCAGGGAUGCAGAUAUUCAGUCUAUGGCAGAGAUAGAUCCUAAGAAUGCCUCUCUCUACCAGUACCCUCCUAUGAUGUCUGUUCCAGCUGUUUCAGUGAUUGACAAUCCAGCUCCUCAGACAGAUUCUUUCCACCACUCUUCAAAAACUUUCAAUCUGCCCCUUUUCCCCUACACUGAUUAUGUAGAUCCUCCCCCAGUUCAGGAACUUCCCACAAAAGACAAUCAGAGGUGAGAAGUCUAGAUGUGACCUAAGCAUUUGCU